AAAAUUCAGUCGGGAACCAACUUUGAGUUUGAGUACCGUCUUUCUAUUUGCCGUCCAGCCAUCAUUUCGUUGCCUUUUAGACGUUUACAGCUAUGGAACGCGUUAAUGGAGUCGUUUUGAUGGCCGUAGCCAUGCUGGCCACGUUUUGGGCAACCGGAGUGGACGCGAAUUCUCACGGUGCUCCCAUCACGUCAUGCUCAGACAUGGGGGCCGUGCACGUUGUUUUCGCAUCAAAGGAUCCGGCGACUUGUCCGUUUGGCAUCACCUUCGCUCAGACGGAGGUAAUGAAGGGUAGCAAGGUUAAUGUUACCCUAUCGGCCAACGUAGCCCAGGGCGAACCUCAAAGUAGGCUGCCCGAAGUUACCGGCUAUUUCACAGGUUACCUUCUGAUGGCCUUUAAUGCUGAGGAUGAGCGUAAUGGACCUCUUGGCACUUUCUCGGGCUUCAAUCCACAGCAAGGACAGCACCUUGAUUGCUGGGACAUACCAAUGAGUGCCCUGACGCACGUCAACGCAAAUUUCAAGCCAGCCAUUCACACGCAAUGGGUCCCUCCCGAAGAGUUUGUCGGUACCGUCAUCUUCAAAGCUACCUUUACGUCGAACAUAGCCACUAUUUGGGCUGCAGUGCCGGCACAUAGCAACGUGACUAUCAAGGAUGAUGAGACCACCCCAGCGACUACCCCAACGACUACCCCAACGACUACCCCAACGACUACCCCAACGACUACCCCAACGACUACGACGCUGGCAGCACCCGGACGCAUGAGCGGAAGUUGGAUGGUGGUCGCGUUCGCCCUCGUCUUGGCAGCCAUGCCAUUCUUGCCAACAUUGUAGAAUAUUACCUCGCUUUUCCCUGGCUCAUUUCUGUUUGAAUCACUGGAAUGCAGCCCCUCUUUUAAAAUACACCUUCCUCUCCAUUUGUA